AUGCCACGCAUGUGGCAAACAAAAUGUGCGCUGUUUGGUAACGGUAUUAUAAACGAAAGAACUGUGCGGAAGUGGUUUGCUAAGUUUGAAGCUGGUGAUACCAGCCUUGAAGAUCAAGAAUGCCCUGGUAGGCUCUCCCCCACUGAUGAAAAUCAAAUCAAAACACCGAUUCAGAAUAACCCACGCUACACGACACAUGAAUUAUGGAAUGAAUUACCUUUAGCCACUCCAAAAGCUGAUCUUCAUCCGAAGAAAGCCAUGCUCGGUGUCUGUUGGAACUGGAAAAGAAUGCUAUAUCAUAAGCUUCUACCAAACAACCAGGAGAUAAAUUCGAACAAGUAUUGCUCGCAAUUAGCCGAAUUAAAGACAGCAAUUGAACAAAAAUGUCCAGAACUAGCUAAUCGGAAGUGCGUCAUGUUUCAUAAGGACAAUGCGCGGCGUCAUGUAUCUUUGAUUACUCGACAAAAAGCGUUGAAGCUUGGUUGGCAUGUGCUAUCCCACCCACCGUAUUCACCAGACGUUGCACCCUCAGAUUUUCACCUAUUUAGGUCAUUACAAAAUUCUCUUAAUGGCGAAAACUUUAACUCUUUGGUCGACAUAGAAAAUCACAUUGAAAAGUUUUUCGCCGAAAACCCUGCAAGGAUGGAAUUGUAG